AUGUCAAAAGUUGCUCAUACUGUGCGGCUGUCAUGGACUGAUCAGUCAUGGACAGCGCUUACGAGAAGGUUAUCCGAGAAGGUUGAGAAGCUUGGAAGAAUAACGAAACAAAGAGAUUCUACCAUAGAAGCUGCAAAAGCCAUUCAAGGUUUCUUACAGCAGAAUGAAGUUUUCCCUCGUGAAAAUAGCUUUGCCUGCUCUGAUACCAUGACAAAGAAUGUGUACAAGGUUGAUGAAAAGGGCAUGCGAUGGUUUUACACAGGUGACAUUGGAAGGUUUCAGGCCGAUGGAUGCCUUGAGAUUAUUGACAGAAAGAAAGAUAUCGUCAAACUCCAGCAUGGGGAGUACAUCUCUCUAGGGAAGGUUGAGGCAGCACUUAUCACAAGCAGUUAUGUUGAUAAUAUCAUUGUAUAUGUUGAUCCCUUCCAUAAUUAUUGCGUAGCUCUUGCAGUUCCCUCACAUCAGGCCCUCGAGAAAUGGGCUGAAGAUUCUGGCAUUAGUCACAAUAACUUUUCCGAUUUGUGUAACAAAACUGAAGCUAUCAAUGAGGUCCAGAAAUCACUUUCCAAGGUAGCAAAGGAAGCAAAAUUGGACAAAUUCGAGAUUCCUGCAAAGAUCAAACUAUUGCCAGAUCCAUGGACUCCGGAGUCUGGAUUGGUUACUGCAGCUCUCAAAUUAAAGAGGGAACAGUUGAAAGCUAAGUUUAAGGAUGAGCUGGAAAAGUUAUAUGCUUGAAGAACUGUAGCCGUUGGAACUGUUCAUGAUUCGAGUCAUGUCAGUCUUUGGGCUCACAUUGGAAUAUAACACGCAAUGCCUAUCACAAAGUUUUAUCUGAAUUUUCUAAUUCUAUUUUGUCUGUCGUUU